AUGGGUGUUAGUAACUACUACAAGAUCCUGAAGGUGAAUCUCAAUGCCACAUGUGAGAGGGCGAGGAAGGGGUUCAAGAGGUUGGCGAUGUUAUGGAACUCAGAUAAGAACAUUAAUCAACAACUAUGCGACCCAACUAUGAUAGAAGAGGCUGAGGUCAAGAUCGAGCAGAUUCCUGAGGCCUAUGGCUAUGAAAUGCUCUGCGACCCAAAGAAGCGCGUGAUCUGUGAUUUCCGCAGAAGCCGCAAUCCCGUUGUGGUGGUCGAGUACAACUUGGAGUGCACCCUUGAACAACUUUACAAUGGUUGCAGAAGGAAGGUGAAGAUCAAAAAUGUUGUUCCUGAUCAAUUAUUCCGGUAA